CUUUGUUGCACACAGAUGAGAUCAUGGAGAGGGUGGGACAAAUUAUGAAAAGAUUCCCCAAAAACUCAGAUCAAAUAGAUAAAGACAGCAGAAAGAAGGCAACCAUUGGGAUUUUUGGAACAUCAGGAGAAGGGAAGAGCUCCCUAUUAAGUGCAAUAUUGGGGAAAAAGUAUCUACUGCCAUCUGGUUGUUUUGGUGCCUGUACAGCCGUUGUUACUCAGGUGGAAGCCAAUCUGACUGACUCCAACUACACUGCAGAGAUUGAACUCUUCUCUAAAGAGGAGUGGGAAAAAGAGCUCAAAGAUCUUUUCAGAGUUUUGUCGGAUGAAAGUGAGGACAGGGAUGAUGACUUGUAUGAAAUUGCUGUAGAAAAGAUCAAUGCACUGUAUGGAAAUGAUGCAGAUGAGAAAACAUUAGAAGAGCUCAAAAAAGAUGAUAAAUUUGCUGAGAUUGAAACUUUUUUGUCCACUAAUGAGAAAAACAGUUUCUCAAAAAGUGAUGUCAAUGAAUUUAUCAACGAUGUUGCAAGUUACAUACAACACAGUGAGUCAAGUUCUGGUAACUGGUACUGGCCGCUUGUGAAAAGUGUGACGAUCAAGAUUCCAGAUUGUCGUGAACUCCUGGAGCACAUUGUGCUUGUUGAUAUUCCUGGAUCUGGAGACUGCAAUAAGAUUAGAGAUGAUCUGUGGAAAUCUAAACUGAGAGAGUGCUCUUCUGUGUGGAUUAUUAGUUCUAUCAAUCGAGCAGUCACUGACAGUGGCCCUUGGGGGAUUUUAAAGCACUGCACUGAAGAAUUGGGACCAGGAGGAGAAUGCAAAAGCAUCAACUUUAUCUGUACAAAGACUGAUGAAAUCGAUCCAGGAGCCUAUAUUAGAGGUGCACGGAUUCCUAAAAAUCAAAUCCCAGAAGACAAGGAUAAAAAAAAAAAUUGCAUAAGUCAUAGAAAUGAACAUGCCAAGAUGAAGGUCAAAGAAAAGUUUGAAAAAUCUAAACUUAAGAAAAUAUUCAGUUCUGACAAUCAGUUUCAAGUUUUUACUGUAAGUUCCAAUGCAUUCUUUGACCAUGAUUUAAAUCUGGAUUCUAGUGAAACAGAAAUCCCUAAGCUGCAGGAUGAACUGAGGACCCUUAACAAGAGCAGGAAUCGAGAACUGGUCAGAGAUUAUGUCAAUGAAUCAAAGGCAACUUUGCUCUUAAUCCACAGUGGUCAGCUGGACAAGAAAAUGAUGGAAAUGGAAGUCAAGGAAUUAGAGAAGAACCUAGAGACGUCACUAAAUGAACUGGACAAAUAUUUUGACAGCAUUUAUAGUGAUCUGGAGCAGUGUCUCUCAAAGGGAGUGGACGAUUCAGUGAAAUCAUGUGUUGAUUCCACAACGGAAUUGAUAACUAAAAAAGAUGGAAGGGGGUUCCAUAAACGCCUUGGAGCUUUGUGCAAGAACUACGGAUGCUAUUGGUCGAAAAAUUGGGCCGAUAUUUUAGACCUGAACAAGACAUUGGCCAAACAUUUGCAUGAAUGCAUUGAUGAUGAUUUCAGUAAGAUUUUUCCUGUGACUGAAACAACAGGGAAGUCAGUGCAGGAACAGAUUGAUAAGUUUAGUAUCAUCCACAGUCACUCUGCUAACCCCUCAUCUCCCAUGCAACACUUUGAAGACUUCAUUAAAAUUAAGGAAACAGAAUUGACCACAUUGCUCAAAAGAUACAUUGUUGACAGGAAGAAGCUCAUCUACUCAUCAAUACAAGCAACCAUUCAGAAUGAAAUGGCUUCUUGCUAUAAAGAAGCUGCAGCAGUGACUGGAACAGGAUCCAUGAAGAAAAGGCAAGAACUGCUAAUAGCCAAAGUUGAAAAUAUAAAACAAGACAUGUUCAACAAAGCGAAAAUGGAAGUGCUUAACCAGUUGAAUAACUUAAAGCUGAACAUAUUGGAUGCUCUUGAAAAAGAACUAAAGAAAGCAAUAGAAUACUCACAAUCACAAACCAGCAAAAUCAUAAGAGAGGAUGUCUCUGAAUAUAUUGAACAGCUGGAGAGACUGUCAGAUCAACUGUCUGAUGGGCAUCAAGCAAAAAGUAGCCCAAGAAAAACAGAAGAAACAAACACAUAAACAAUAAAGUGUAACACAUUUUCAGUAAGUGUGUUCUUUAGUUUUACAACAAAAAAAUUUAUUUUAUUUUUUUUACUUAAAUUUAUUUGUCCAUGUUUUAUUUUUUUCUAUACAUUUAUUUGGUGGAAGAUGUACUUAAGUUGUUAAAUUUUAACAAAUUUAUCUGAACUUUGGGAUUUAUUGUAGGGUUGCAUGAAACAAAUUGUAUGUUGAUUUGUU